AUGCUAAACGUUCAGGAGAGAUUCAUCCACAAAUCAUCUCAUCACAAACUAAUACUGGAGAACGAUCUGAUUUUAAUCCUUCUCUGGUCCGUCUUUAUUAAUACAACCUUGGACUUCGAAGAAGGUCAAAAUGUUUUUAUAGAUCAGCAGUGCGCUUAUACAAACUGUUUUGUGACAUUGAACAAAGACUAUCAGAACGGUGAUAUAGAUAUCUUUGAUGCUAUCGUGUUCAACGUUACUACUAUGGCGAACUGGCAUCUCCGCAAUCUCCCGAAGAAAAGGGCUGACCACCAAAAAUAUAUAUUUCAUAGCAUACAGUCGUCUUCGAGUUAUGUUAUUUGCCCUACUUACACUGAUGACUUCUUCAACCUCACUUGGACUUAUAAGUUGGAUUCCGAUAUACCAAGUCCACUGUUUGAAGUUAAAGACUUGGAUGGACGAGUCGUUGCCCCGAAAAUAGUCAAACCAAAAUGGGAAACCACCAUGAGUAAUUUAACUGAAUAUGAAAGAACGAAUUUAAGAAGGAAAAAGAAAGCCAUGAUUUGGAUUGUUGAUAGAUGCGACGAUGGUAGUUUGCACUACGCAAAGCGUUUGCAGUCUGCGUUUAGGAAGAACUUUCUGGAUUUCGACAUAUUUGGCUGUGGGAUGUUUGAAUGUCCGGAGAAUAUUUGUUAUCGAGUUAUAAAGCAGAGUUACUAUUUUUACUUUGUGCCUGAGUAUAGUGGUGCCACAGAUUAUGUGAGUCGUGAUGUUCUUACGGCUUAUAAUAAUUAUGCCGUGCCAGUAGUUAUUGGAAAUGCUGAUUAUAAAAGAUUCCUUCCUGACAGAUCUUACAUCAACAUCAAGACAAUGUCCCAUGACGCUAUAAUAGCGUUACUCAAAUACACAAUAAACAACCCAGCUGUAUAUCAAAGCUUUCAUCGCUGGCGGAAUCUUUACACCAUUACAGAGAGAAACGUGGAAAAAGGGCUCUGUCACUUGUGCGCGAAACUAAAUGAAGGGAAGGGGUCUUAUGCGAAAAGAAACUUUCGGAGAUGGUGGUACCCUGGUUCCUUGCGCGAUCGGUGCUUGCCCGGAGGUGCUGAAACGUAUCGUGAAGGCCUAGCUUAUUUAAAUGAUACCAAACCUAUACACAAAUAA